UUUUGGUUUUCGAAAUUCUAUCGAGGGUUUCACUUGGUUCACAUAAGAACCCUAAAACCAACAACAGGGGAAAUACGAGCCACAAGAACUACGAAAAAUCUCUCAUGGCGGGAACGUCAGUGGUACCGGCGAACAGAGGACGGCGGAACACGAUGGUGGAUGACGAAAAGCUGGUCUUUGAGACCUCGCGCGGAGUGGAGCCGAUUAUGAGCUUUGACCAAAUGGGAAUCAAAGACGAUCUACUCCGUGGGAUUUACCAACACGGAUUCGAGAAGCCCUCGGCAAUUCAACAGAGAGCUGUUAGGCCUAUCAUUGAAGGUCGAGAUGUCAUUGCCCAGGCUCAAUCUGGUACCGGAAAAACCUCCAUGAUUGCGCUUACUGUUUGCCAGAUUGUCGACACAGCUUCAAGAGAAGUCCAAGCUUUGAUCUUGUCACCAACAAGAGAGCUUGCAGCACAGACAGAGAAACAGAUAUUGGCUAUAGGCGAUUUCAUCAGUAUACAAGCCCAUGCAUGCAUUGGAGGAAAAAGUGUUGGUGAGGACAUUAGAAAGUUAGAAAAUGGAGUCCAUGUUGUUUCUGGAACACCAGGGAGAGUCUGUGACAUGAUCAAGAGAAGAACAUUGCGAACAAGAGCCAUUAAACUACUAAUUCUCGAUGAAUCUGAUGAAAUGUUGAGCAGAGGGUUUAAGGAUCAAAUUUAUGAUGUCUACCGUUAUCUUCCACCAGAGCUUCAGGUGUGUUUGGUGUCUGCUACUCUUCCUAAUGAAAUAUUGGAGAUGACCAGUAAAUUCAUGACUGAUCCUGUUCGAAUCCUGGUCAAACGUGAUGAGUUGACUCUUGAGGGAAUAAAACAAUUCUUUGUUGCUGUUGAAAGAGAAAACUGGAAGUUUGAUACUCUGUGUGAUCUGUAUGAUACUCUCACAAUCACACAGGCUGUAAUUUUCUGUAACACAAAGCGAAAGGUGGAUUGGCUAACUGAGAAGAUGCGUGAGAAUAACUUUACUGUAUCAGCCAUGCAUGGAGAUAUGCCUCAGAAGGAGCGAGAUGCAAUUAUGGAAGAGUUUCGAUCUGGUGUUACUCGUGUCUUGAUUACAACAGAUGUGUGGGCCAGGGGGUUGGAUGUUCAACAGGUUUCUUUGGUGAUUAACUAUGACCUCCCAAAUAACCGAGAGCUUUAUAUUCAUCGUAUUGGUCGAUCCGGUCGAUUUGGACGAAAGGGUGUUGCUAUUAAUUUCGUGAAGACGGAUGAUAUCAAGAUUUUAAGAGAUAUAGAGCAGUACUACAGUACCCAAAUUGAUGAAAUGCCAAUGAAUGUGGCAGAUUUGAUAUAAUGGUUGUAAACUGAAAUGAGUUUGUAGUUUUUACUGGUGUUUUUUUUUUGAGUAAUGAGUGGAUCUUGCUGUAAAACUUUUGAAUUGUUUUGAUUGUAAUUGUGGACAGAUCUUGAAUUCUUUCUUGUAGGGUGGUGAAACUGGAAAGUUUGGUUUGUCAUGCUGAAUUUGUAUUGUGAAUAUAAGUAAGUGUAUCUGCUGUUGGUCUUUUAUUUCA